AUGGACUCGGCUCCGUCGUGGGAGUGGCCUGAAGCUGCCAGCACCGCUGAUUCACGACCAGAAGGCAAUGCAGAGCCUGAGAGGGAGGAGACAGGUGGCCAGCCUGCGCCGGAACCCAAGAGAUACCCUCACCGGACGUGCCGGAUCUGUCUCGAGAGCGUGCCUCCAACCACGCAUCUGCCGUCAGAUAGCUUCCCUAGCUUCCUACAGUCAAAGAUCAGAGUGACAUACGAAUCCUCGGACCCUGAGCUGGGUCGUCUGCUUCGGCCCUGCAAGUGCAAGGGCUCGUCACGAUACGUUCACGAGGGUUGCCUGAAGCUCUGGAGGAAUGCUGACCCCGCAUACGGGAGACGGAACUACUGGCAGUGUCCGACCUGCGGGUUUGAAUAUCGGCUGGAGCGGAUGACAUGGGCAAAAUGGAUCAACAGUCAGGUUGCUCAAUUGACGCUUACAGUGGGCAUCCUGCUCUUUACUAUUUUUCUACUCGGGUUUGUGGCAGACCCGAUUAUCAACAUAUACCUAGAUCCUCUUGAUACCAUCACUGGUGACUUGUGGGACGAUGGCACAGAUGGACUGGGUGCUGUGGACACGAGAUCGACCUGGUUUGAGCAUCUUAUGAAGGGGCUUGCGUCGCUUGGAGUGCUUUCUUUUCUGAAAGUGGUGCUCGCUGCCUCACCGUGGCAGUGGUGGAAUCUACGCAACUCUGGACUUCUCGGCGGGUCAGGCCGGAGAUCAGCUAAUACCGGGAGGAGCAGGGCUGCAUCAGUGAGCUGGAUAGUACUUGCUAUCGGUGUAGCUACAUUUCUUUGGGGCGUGUAUAAAGGUGUCCGUGCUUGGAGCUGCAGAGUACUUGAAACUGCUGGACAGCGAGUCAUGGAUGUACCGCUAGACGAUGAUGAUGAGGAUGAUGCCGAGGACGAGGAUGAACGCGAAGAGCCUGCAUCCUCUGCAAGUCGUCGGGCUCGAUCUAGAAAAAAUGACUAA